GCUACGGUCACACUAGUUUGCAGCCAAGCCAAAACAGUGACAUUUUUAUUCGUAGAAUUCAAGAAUAAAUCGUCCGAUUGCAGGACAAAUACUAGCAAUUUUUUGGUGACACUUGACUGUCGAACUCCAGCGUAAUUGUGGCCCCGCACUCGAAAAACUUAAUACGGACCCUUUGGCGAAGCCAUCAGCGCCUGCAACUGCAACAACAAAUCGUGAAAAGUUCGUCUAGUGGCGGUUUAUUGGCGGAAAAGCACAUUAGACAUCGGAGCACCCCGGACUCUUUGGUUUCUGCACAAGAGCCGGCUGAUUGUAGUCACGUCAUGAGUGGCAGAUAUCGCGGGGGCGGCGGAAGAUUUGGAGGACGAGGCGGCGGUGGAGGUGGCGGUGGCUAUGGAGAUGGAGGUGGCUACAACGACUUCGACAACUACCGCGGCGGUGGAGGAGGACCUGGCUUCAAUGACAACUUUGGACCAGGUCCUGGACCGAACCCCUUCAACAUGGGCGGUCCCAACAUAUCCGGCAAUGAUUUGAUGCAACUAAUGAGUGCCAUGGCCAGCAACUUCAAUAUGAACUCGCAGCCCCCUCAGCCAAUUCGCCAGAGUUGCGGAGAGUUGCGUAAUCAUCACUGCGGUUUGUUCGUCGAGCUGUCCGGCAGGCUGAUCAAGAAGCGGGUGAAUCGCUUUGCCGAGCUGCGCGAUCGCAACGGUGGAGCCUGCCAGCUGGUGGUUCUGGAGGACAAGCAUCCGCGGGUGGCUCGGCGCAUGAACAACAUGCCAGAGAACACUACCCUGACUAUUGUUGGAUUGGUGAUGCGCCGACCGCACAAUUCGUGCAAUCAGACGAUGCCCACAGGCGAAAUCGAAGUUGAAGUGCAGGACAUUCUAAAUAUACACUUCCCGGCCAGUGGGACAAAGCGAGCUGGGGACAAGCGCACAUAUAGUACCAUGGUGCAGCAGCAGAGUAACCUUGGUAUCACCAGCACCGAAUACAAAAUAGCCAAGAAUGAAAAUAUCUUGAAGUACUUCGAAAACCGUGAUCUCACCUGCAAUGACUUGCGCCGCGAUGAUGUGGGCAAAACGGUGACUUUGGUCGGAUGGAUUCCCUCUACCAAGAACAACAAAUUUCUGCAGCUCAAGGACGGCUAUGGCCAAACCCAACUUAUGAUCGAGGAUCAGUCGCUGAGCGACACUUUCCUAUCUACACCAGAGCAAACAGUUCUUCAGAUUGUGGGUAAGGUACUAAGCAGACCCAAAGCCAAUAUUAAUUUGAAAUACGACACUGGUGAAGUGGAGGUCAGUGUGCAAAGCGUAAAGAUCCUGAACCCAGACGAUCCCUACGAGGGUCCCAUUAAAGCCAAAGAGAAGCAGCAAAAGCUUUCCAUCGAUGAUCUGGAGGCAGAAGAGGCUGCCGCCGAGGCCUCGGCCAAUCUCAGCAGCAACAAUGGAGAAUCCAAGGAUGAUGGUGCGGAUGCAGCUCCCCCUGCUAAUAGCUCCGCAAACGCAGAACAACGAUUAAAGGUGGCAGAUACCAACAAGUUCGCUGAUCGCACACAUAACUGCGGUGAACUGAGCUCCAAUGAUAUAAACGAAAAAGUUGUUAUCUGUGGCUGGCUGGAGUUCCAGAGGAUGAACAAAUUCUUUAUACUUCGGGAUGCAUAUGGACAGACUCAGGUACUGUUGUUACCUAAAACGCAAGGACUAGAGGAGUAUGCAGAAACUGGAGUGCCCAUUGAGUCGAUUGUGCGAGUGGAGGGAACAGUGAUACCUCGCCCAGCGGCCACCAUAAACCCCAAAAUGCAAACGGGACAUGUUGAGGUGGAGGCGGAUAAGGUCGUUGUUCUUAAUCCCGCAAAGAAAAAUCUUCCAUUUGAAAUUAGGAAGUUUAACAGGGCUGGCGAGCGCCUGAGGCUCACUCAUCGUUAUCUGGAUCUGCGUUUCAACGAUAUGCAACAUAAUCUUCGCCUUCGAUCUGCUGUUAUUAUGAAAAUGCGAGAGUAUUUGAUCAACUAUUUGGGUUUCGUCGAGGUGGAGACGCCGACUCUCUUCAGAAGGACUCCAGGUGGCGCCCAAGAAUUUGUGGUACCCACACGUAAGGCAGGUCACUUUUAUUCGCUCGUGCAGAGUCCGCAGCAGUUCAAGCAGAUGUUGAUGUCUGGAGGAAUAGACAGAUACUUCCAGGUUGCUCGUUGUUACAGAGAUGAAGCAACGCGUCCAGAUCGGCAGCCGGAGUUUACCCAAUUGGAUGUGGAGCUGUCCUUCACCAGCCGGGAUGACAUCAUGCAAUUGAUUGAGGAGACUCUCCGGUAUUCAUGGCCUAAAGAUUUCCCCCGCUUGCAAACGCCUUUCCGCCGCAUAACUUAUGAAGAGGCCCUGGAAAAGUACGGAAAUGACAAGCCCGACACUCGCUUUGGGUUCCUGCUCAACAAUGUCUCGGAAAUCAUUGAAAAGAGCGGAGAUUUUAAGGAAAAAUACGAGGAUCUCGGCGCCUAUGCCAUAGUAGUGAGGGCCAGUGAAGCGUUUUGGAAUGGAGCUGCCCGUAAGCAUUACGAAGGUCUCGGCAAGGACUUCAAGGGCACGCUGUUCGUUCGCAAGUUCGGCCCGACGAAGGAUGUCCAGGAUAAGCUGGGCAAGCUGCUGGGCGAGGAAGUGGCUAACGAGAUCGCUGAGAAGUUCGAUUUGGAGGAGAACGAUCUGCUUUUCCUAGGAAUCGGACCGAAAGUGGAAACUCGCGCUAUGUUGGGUCGCAUUCGUCUGGAUUAUCACGAUUUUCUCGUGGAGAACGCCAAGGUAAAAAAGCCGAAUGACUUCCGAUUCCUGUGGGUGAUAGACUUCCCGCUGUUCGAGCGUAAUCGCGAGACCAACCAGUUGGAAAGUGUUCACCAUCCGUUUACCCUGCCGCACAGUGAUGAUCUGGAUAACUUUGCCACCAGCUGCGAAAACCUGGAGAACAUACGCUCCCAGGCCUACGAUCUAGUGCUGAACGGCCAGGAAGUCGGAGGCGGUUCCAUUCGCAUCCACGAUCGAGAUAUGCAGCACUUUAUACUAGAACAGAUUCUGAAGAUUCCGCAUGAUCAUCUGUCACAUUUACUUAGCGCACUGGAGUCUGGAUGUCCGCCUCAUGGCGGCAUUGCAUUGGGCUUGGAUCGCCUGAUUGCCAUCUUGUGUCGUGCACGGUCCAUCCGCGAUGUGAUUGCAUUCCCCAAGUCACUAAAUGGCCGCGAUCCGCUCUCGAACGCUCCAGUUCCCAUUUCCGACGAGGAAAUGAAGCUGUACCACCUGUCAGUGGUGGAGGAGGAAGAAACCAGCACAAAUAACACAACACACGAACAGGAGGACGACGAUCCCGACCAGGAGCGUGCACCACCAUCUCCGAUGUCGGCCACCAGCGACUCUGAGCGGCCAGAAAUGGAUGUUGACAUAAAGCCAGAGCCGGAGGAGGUGUCAGUCAAGGAGGAAGUUGAAACCGAAUCCGAACCCGUUCCCGUUUCCGAACCUAAACCAGUGAAAGAGCCAGUCAAACCGCCAACAAAAGCGGCAGUCAAAGCCGCUCCCGCCGCCGAAGCACCCCCGCCAGCGGAACCCGUAUCCCCGGUGGCUGCCACGCCGACAAGAGCCAAGCGGGUGGUCAAAAAGAAGGUCUAGAGCGUGGUCUUAAUUAACAUUACGGAUAAAGCAUUAGCAUUUUACGUGUAAGCUCAGUAGUCAGGACAGAGAACGAAUGGCAGUAGGCGGACGAAUUAGUCGGUCACACAGCAAAAACAGCGGUCGGGUCGCGUCGGAUCGGUUCAAUUGAAUGGCCAAAGCCCUUAUACACACAGAUGUAUAACCAAAAGGUCACUAUACGUACCCACCCUGGAUCUUCUCGACGGAUUUCAACACUAGAACUUAGCAUGUAUGACUAACAAAUUACACACCCGCAUCCCGACCCGGCUGUCCACAUUCUACAAGUCCAUUUCUAAUUAUUAUGGCAACCAAUUUAUUACAAUUUACAAUAUAUACAAAAAGCUAUUGUAUUUGGAAUUGUUUAAUUAUACGAUGCUUGAAUUACAGUUCGGACUGUAAAUGUAAAUUUGAUUUUCAGGCACCGGUUGCAAAGGAUCGGUGUUCAUACUCAACGAAUAUUUAUUUAUGUAACCGAACAGAUCGAAAUGAAAAUGUAUUAAACUAAUUGAACUUAUUGAAAUACCUAGCAAUUGGAAAUUGUCCGAAUGUCAAAUUACAAGCAUACACACACAAAUGUAUCAAUUGUCCGAUUAUUAAAUCAUAAACCAUAUGGUUAAAGCACAUCUGAAUUAAAUCUUGUAUGGUCCUGG